UAAGUGAUGAGUUCCGUGCACCUUUGACAUUUAUAUUAUGAGAUAUUAGGAAAAGGAAAAACAGGGCCAUUCUCUCUGUCACUCUGAUCCUGACCAUUGUCCUUCUCAUUCCCUGCACAGCCAUCACACAGCGUACUGAGGAAGAAAAUGUCCAACCAAACCACCAUGACUGGAUUCCUUCUCCUGGGAUUCUCUGACAUUAGAGAACUGCAGAUUUUACAUUUUAUUGUAUUUCUAGUGCUUUACCUGAUAUCCCUGCUGGGGAACCUUCUCAUCAUCACAGCCAUCGCCCUAGACCACCAUCUUCACACCCCCAUGUACUUCUUCCUGAUGAAUCUGUCCAUCCUAGACUUCAGCUCCAUCUCUGUCACCAUCCCCAAAUCCAUGGCCAAUUCCCUCAUGAACACCAGAUCGAUUUCUUAUUCUGGAUGUGUUGCCCAAGUCUUUUUUUUCGUAUUCUUUGCUUCAGAAAAUUUUGCCAUACUGACCAUCAUGGCGUAUGACCGAUACAUAGCCAUCUGCCAGCCACUUCACUAUGAGAUGGUGAUGAACAGGAGAGCUUGUGUCCAAAUGGCAGCCAGUGCCUGGAUCAGUGGUAUUCUCUAUUCUGCACUGCACACUGGGAACACAUUUGUGAUAUCCUUCUGUGGAGGCAAUACGGUGGAUCAAUUCUUCUGUGAAAUCCCCCAGCUCCUCCACCUCGCCUGCUCUGACUCAAACAUCGGUGAAGUUGUUGUUAUUUAUCUUGGUGUGCUUUUAGGUUUAAUCUGCUUUGCUUUUAUAACUGUGUCAUAUGUUCAGAUCUUCAAAACAGUGCUGAGAAUCCCUUCUGAGCAGGGCCGUCAUAAAGCCUUCUCCACCUGCCUCCCUCACCUCAUUGCGGUCUCCUUAUUCCUUUUCACUGGCACCUUUGCCUUUCUGAAACCCACCUCUACCUCAGAUCGGAAUCUCUUGGUGACUGUUCUCUAUUCCAUAAUGCCCCCAAUGAUGAAUCCGAUCAUCUACAGCAUGAGAAACAAGGAAAUGAAAGGAGCACUGAGUAAACUGAUAGGUUGGAGGAUAUUCUGCAAGAAUAAAAUGUCUAUAUUUCUCCACUGA